CAUUGUAAAUAGCCUUUUUGUAUUUACGCCGAAACAUUCAUCAGCUAUGGACCUUCCUCUAAAUGGCACACUGACCAUACUUAUAAUGAAUAGCACAGUCACAACCUUAUUGGGGUUGUUGGUAUGAAAUGGCUUUAGAAUGGUUGUCAGUUGAUUCACAAUACGAGGACCUCAGUUCACUGCGUACGUCUGUACCGAGCCUUGAUGUUCGUGGUAGUUCUGCCGCCUUCAACAAGCAACAAACAAGGUAGGCAUAACUACAGUGAUGGAACCAGAAGAAAGUGAGAGGAUGUCUGUCCUCUUAUCACUGAUACUGGAGAAGGACAUCGGUAGCCAGAAGGAGGUGGAAAUCAGGAGGAAGACUUUGCUUUUUAAAGAAAAACUUGACAACGCUAGAAAUGAGAAUCAUUCAAUAUUUAAUACAGGCAGCUCAGCUGAAGGGUUUUCUAUGCGAGGGUCUGAUAAUGAUGCAAUGAUCGUAGACAAAGCUAUAUUGCUGGUUAAUUCAGGCCAGCAAGUUCCAUCAGACAGUAAUCAUGAUAUGGUCCUUUUAAUGCGAGAGGCCGAGAACUGUCAACGUGGUUACGUGGAACUGGAGGUGGGUGUUUGGCGUAGAUGUAAGGAACCGUUAUAUAAAGCCUUUCACAAAGUAGGAAGUACAACGUUUAUAUCUAGUGAUAUAUAUAGGGAAGAACAUGUUAAGCAAUCUUUAAAUCGAGGUUUUAAUGUAGCCUCUCAUGGCCCCAGUAGCAGUUCUGAGGCUACUGUAACUAAUGCAGCGUACGAUGUAGUGCACGCUUUUCACUGUCCAGUUUGGCCAAAGGAAGCACUAGAAUGGAAAAUGAGAACACGUCUGCAUGGCUGGCCUUCCGAAACAUUAUUAAACAAAAUCGUAAAAGGCGGCUGCCAUGUCGUUCCAAUCGGCGAUAAAUCAACAAACAACACACUACUACAGUGGCGAAUAUCAUUCGCUUGCGCGGAGAGACUUUUGGUUCAUUCUCUCAACCAUACUCAGUUCAAAGUGUAUGGUCUUUUCAAAAUCCUAUUGAAAAACAUCAAAGAAUGUUUAGAAAAUACUUUUCAAGGGGAAGAUAUUUUGAGCUCUUACAUUUUAAAAACCAUCGUAUUCAAUGCCGUCGAAAAUACGCCAGAAACAUUUUGGAAUGAAAACAACACUUUUGUUUGUUUUUGGUUUUGCUUCAAUAUCCUCUGUGCCUGGGUUAAAGGGGGAUAUUGUCCACAGUACUUCAUUCCAAAGAAUAACCUGUUUAAACGACACAUUCAUGGAGAGAACCAGCAAACAUUACUCAGCAUUCUUACUGAAAUUCACCAGAUGAAAUGGAUGUGUUUAUCAGUUGGGACAUUUGUGCAGCCACCAAUUAUGGACGUUCUUUUAGACGAAAGCUGUCGGUCCGAACUUAUGCAGCAACAGACGUUGCCUCAGUCGGAAGUAGUUUGUGACCUACACGUUCUUACCUCUGUAGUUACUAAGCUAUCGUUAAUACCAGUUCCUAGUGCCAACCAAAUAUGCCAUGUACUACAUUCCCUUUUUGCUACAUCGCACUCAGAAAUUGACGAAUUUCUUACCUAUUACAGCACAGCAAAACUAUUAUCGUUGUCUGCUAUGAAAGAUUACUCCCCCGACACGGACUCCGCAUCCAACAAAUUAAGGUACAGAAAUAUGAAAAAAUAUAAAACCCUCUUGCAACCAAGGGCUUCCUGGUGUUCAGAAAUAUUGUAUGUAGCAACGUUUUGCUUCCUGACAGGUAACAACAGGGCAACAUUAGAAAUGUGUAGGAAAGUAACGUCUUCUGUUCAGUAUUAUCCAGGUAGUUCCCAGGAUGUGUUUCGUAAACAACACGACAUUUACAUGCGUGACUAUUGUGGGCGUGGGUACACCUUAAUCAACAAACUUCAAAAAGUGUUUUCCUCUAGUGUCUAUUUCUUAAGACAAUGUCCUGACUUUUGUCUUCCGCAGCUCCAACUUGAAUUUGACGAACUGCCAGCACAUGGAUAUAUUCGAAUACCCCCUCUUCCUUACGCCAUUUUCCUUGCAUUUCUGUCCUACCAUGAAAUUGGUGACAUCGGAAGGCGUGAUGACUGUCUACGUCAUCUCAUUGCAGUGAAGUACGAUGAGGACCAAGGGGGACAUAGACACUGGAUAGUCCACACUCUCUUAGGGAUCUGCUACCAAACUGUUGGAGACAGUCGGAGGGCCAUUAAGGCUUAUGAGGAGUCUCUAACAGUAGACAUCCAGUGGAACCCAGCCUUAGACAGAAUUGAACUCCUGGAGAGAUAAGCCUAGGAAUAUACUAGGAAUGCAUAAGGGUUGUCGUGCUUUGUGUUGUACUCACCCAUAAACAAUGACUGCGAUCUAGGAUAUAUGAUACUGAACCAUUGUAAUGUUUUAAUGUUGUCAUAUCGUAUUCAGAUAGGUUGAACUUUCAUAGAAAUAUCAUUUUGGAUGCUAACUUUUACCAGGUCGGAUUAUGUUAAAACACUAGGUAAUUAAAUGAUUGCAAUGUAUCUCGUGACAGCUGUAUGCUUCCUUAUGUUGUAGAAGGUCAUGAUGCCUUUCCUUUGGGUGUAUUCUUCGUUCCCAUUUUAAUCUUAAUUAAUUCUAUCUUUUUGUAUUGAGGCAGUAGUAAUUGUGUAUCUUUUUGUGCUCAUAUGAAUUAAAACCAAUCUGUUUGAAAAGCCAUACGUAUAUCAUUCAUGCGUGAAUAUCAGGCUUUUAUUAUUCUAAUAUGGCUAUUUUCCGACCAAAACAUCAUGUACGGGUAUAGUUUUAUACGUCUUAAGUUUAAAAUUCAUUUGAACUAAGGGAAUACAUGGUUUUAGGACAGCUUUGAUUAAAUAAUUGUGGUUUACAGAAUUACCCAGACA